GAGCUGUUGUUUCCUCAUUCUCAUUUCAACAGACAGAAUGGAUUAUUUAACAGACAGAAUAUCUUUAAAUCUGUAAUAAAGUCGCUUAUAAACGUUUAGGCAGGAAUUAUGUGUAGCUACUCAAUUGAAAAGCUGUAGGAUUUCGAUCCAUCAUGGAUGACACACACACAUCCAGAAAUGAAGAUUAUUUUCCAGGACACAGCUCAGUUCAUCAGAAGAGAUCAGAACCAGAGUCCAGCUGUGUGUCUAUGAAGAGUGAUGUGUCUAUGGAUCAUCCAAUGGAGUUUAAGAGUGGAGAUACACUGCCUGGUCUCAGCUCAGUUCAUCAGAAGAGAUCAGAACCAGAGUUCUGCUGUGUGUCUAUGAAGAGUGAUGUGUCUAUGGAUCAUCCAAUGGAGUUUAAGAGUGGAGAUACACUGCCUGGUCUCAGCUCAGUUCAUCAGAAGAGAUCAGAACCAGAGUCCAGCUGUGUGUCUAUGAAGAGUGACAUGCCUAUAGAUCAGCCAAUAUAUGUAAAGAGUGGAGAUACACAGCCUGGUCUCAGUCAUAAAGCCUACAGCCUCAACACAUUUAGAUCAAACCUGAGGGAGAAGUUUCAGUGUCUGAAUGAAGGAACAGCAAAGCAGGGAAACCCAACACUCCUGAAUGAGAUCUACACAGAGCUCUACAUCACAGAGAGUGAAAGUGGAGAGAUCAAUAAUGAGCAUGAGGUGAGACAGAUUGAGACACAAUCCAGGAGAGCAGGAACAGAGGACACACCGAUCAAAUGCAAUGAUAUCUUUAGACCUUUACCUGGACAAGACAAACCCAUCAGAACUGUUCUGACAAAGGGAGUCGCUGGCAUUGGAAAAACAGUCUCUGUGCAGAAGUUCAUCCUGGACUGGACUGAAGGGAAAGAGAAUCAGGACGUCCAGCUCAUAUUUCCACUUCCUUUCAGAGAGCUGAACUUGAUGAAGGACAAAACACUCAGUCUUUCAGAUCUUCUUCAUGCAUUUUUCCCUGAAACCAAAGAAAUGGAAAUAUCCAGUGAAGAAUAUAAAGUGUUGUUCAUCUUUGAUGGUCUGGAUGAGUGUCGUCUGUCUCUGAAAUUUAAGAGCAAAGUGAAACUGUGUAAAAUGUCUGAAUUAGCCUCAGUGGAUGAGCUGCUGAUGAACCUCAUUGCGGGGAAUCUGCUUCCCUCUUCUCUCAUCUGGAUCACCUCCAGGCCAGCAGCAGCUGAUCUCAUCCCCUCUGAGUGUGUCCAUCGAGGGACAGAGGUACGAGGCUUCAAUGGGCCACAGAAGGAGGAAUACUUCAGGAAGAGAAUCAGUGAUCAGAGUCUGUCCGACAGGAUCAUCUCACACCUGAAGUCAUCAAGAAGCCUUCACAUCAUGUGCCACAUCCCAGUGUUCUGCUGGAUCUCAGCCACUGUUCUAGAGAAGAUGUUGAGUAAAGCAAAGAGAGGAGAGAUUCCCAAGACUCUCACUCAAAUGUACACACACUUCCUGAUCAUUCAGACCAACAUCAAACAUGAGAAGGACUAUCAGAAGAAAGAUGAAGACAUGAUUCUCAAACUGGGGAAACUGGCUUUUCGGCAGCUUGUGAAAGGAAACCUGAUAUUCUAUGAGGAAGACCUGAGAGAGUGUGGCAUUGAUGCGACAGAAGCAUCAGUGUACUCAGGAUUGUGCACUCAGAUCUUCAGAGAGGAGUUGGGCUUGUAUCAGGGGAAAGUCUUCUGCUUUGUUCAUUUGAGCAUCCAGGAACAUCUAGCAGCUCUAUAUGCACACAUUUACUGUACAAACAAGAAAAGAAAUGUGUUUGAAAAAAACAAACAAAGACUUUUUUCUAAAAUUUCAAACCAGAAGAAAUAUCAUUCAUUAUCUGAGUUGCAUCAUAUAGCUCUAAAUAAGGCCUUUAAGAGUAAUAAUGGACAUCUGGACCUUUUCCUGCGUUUCCUUCUGGGUCUCUCAUUGGAGUUCAAUCAGACUCUCUUACAAAAACUAAUAACACAGACAGGAAGCUGCUCCUACAACAAAGAGGAAACAGUUAAGUACAUCAAACAGAAGAUUGGGGAGAAUCCCUCUACAGAGAGAUCCAUCAAUCUGUUCCACUGUCUGAAUGAACUGGGUGAUGAUUCACUGAUGCAGGAGAUCCAACGUUAUCUGAAAUCUGGAAAAAUAGGAGAAACCAAACUCUCCUCUUCACAGUGGUCAGCUCUGGUUUAUGUGUUGCUGACAUCAGAACAGAUGAUGGAAGUUUUCAAUCUAAAACCGUUUAUUGGAGAACAAAAUACAGCAGAUGAAGUUCUUCAGAAGCUGCUGCCUGUGGUUAAAGAAUCCAGAUCAGCUCAGCUACAGUUCUGUAAUCUCACCGCUCAUUCCUGUAAAAGUUUGUCUUCAGCUCUACAAUCCUCAAACAUGUUCCUGAGAGAGCUGGACUUCAGUAACAAUGACCUGCAGGAUUCAGGGGUGAAGCUUCUUUCUGAUGGACUGAAGAGUCCAAAAUGUCAGCUGCAGAUACUGAGGCUACAGUCCUGUAAUCUCACUGCUCAUAACUGUGAGAGUUUGUCUUCUGCUCUACAAUCCUCAAACAUGUUCCUGAAAGAGCUGGACCUGAGUAACAAUGACCUGCAGGAUUCAGGAGUGGAGCUUCUUUCAAAUGGACUGAAGAGUCAAAAAUGUCAACUGCAGAUACUGAGGCUCUCUGGCUGUAUGGUGACAGAAAAAGGCUGUGGUUAUGUGUCUUCAACUCUGAGUUCAAACCCCUCACACCUGAGGGAGCUGGAUCUGAGCUACAAUCACCCAGGAGAUUCAGGAGUCAAGCUGCUCUCUGACAAACUCAACCAUCCAAACUACAGACUGGACAAACUCAAUGUGGAUAACGGAGGAGAGAUCAGGAUUAGAGCAGGAGUACGCAAAUAUUCCCAUCAGUUCACUCUGGAUCUGAACACAAUGAAUAAAUACCUCCAUCUGUCUGAGAGGAACACAGUGAUUAAUGGCACUGACACAGAGCUUCAGUCGUAUCCUGAUCAUCCAGACAGAUUUGAUUGUGUGUCUCAGGUGUUGUGUAGAGAGAGUGUGUGUCAUCGACGCUGUUACUGGGAGAUUAAGUGGAGUGGGAUUCGUGUGUAUAUAUCAGUGUCAUAUGAGAGCAUCAGCAGGAAGGGAUGGGGUAAAGAGUGUCGGUUUGGAUGGAAUGAUCAGUCCUGGAGUUUGAUCUGCUCUUCCUCCAGUUACUCAUUCAUACACAAUAACAUACAGACUGAACUCUGUGUAAAGCCCAUCAGCAGGAGAAUAGGAGUGUAUGUGGAUCACAGUGCAGGAACUCUGUCCUUCUACAGCGUCUCUGGAGACACAAUGAGCCUCAUCCACACAGUCCAGACUACAUUCACUCAACUGCUCUAUCCUGGGUUUUGGGUUUGUAAUAGAUCAUCAGUGAAACUGUGUUAUUGA